AUGGUCAAGGAUUUCCAGGGCGGUAAGCCUUUCAACAAAGGUGGGUCAGGUGGGAAGCCCUUCAAUAAGGGCGGGCCGGGUGGGAAGCCUCGGCCUGGGGCCAAGGUGCUUGUCAAGCCUCACCGGCUGCCUGGCAUCUACACGGUGUCCAUGGGCCGUGAAGAGGCAAUCGCCACUCGCAACAUGACUCCCGGGGAAGGCGUCUACAACGAAAAAAGGGUCAGUGUUCUCCAAGGCGAGGAGAAGAUCGAGUACCGCGUCUGGAACCCUUUCCGAUCCAAGAUCGCAGCAGCUGUGGUCGGAGGAAUCAAGGACAUCAAUAUCAAGCCGGGCUACAAGGUGCUGUACCUGGGGGCCAGCUCAGGAACCACCGUCAGCCAUGUCAGUGACUUGGUGGGUGAGAAUGGUAUCGUCUAUGCUGUCGAGUUUUCAAACCGAUCCGGCCGGGAUCUCGUGAACAUGUCGAAAAAGAGACCGAACAUCGUCCCGAUCAUCCAUGACGCCCGCAAGCCUAUGGACUACCGGUUCCUCUUGGGCAUGGUGGACACGGUGUUCGCAGAUGUCGCCCAGCCCGACCAGGCCCGCAUCAUCGCAGAGAACAGCAAGUGCUUCCUCAAGAACGGAGGUCACUUCAUGAUCUCCAUCAAGGCCAACUGCAUCGACUCCACCCUCGAGCCCAAAGUCGUCUUCGAGCAAGAGAUCAAUCGCCUCAAGGAAUACGGCCUCAAACCGCAGAUGAAGCUCACCCUUGAACCCUAUGAGCGAGACCACGCGAUCGUUGUUGGAGCCUUCCGACCAUGA